AUGCCAGGCAAACCCCACAAUAACUCAGAACUGCCUCCUUUCACGGUGACAGGCCUCCCAGGACUGGAGACCUCCCAGCACUGGAUGUUCUUGCUCCUGGGAGCCCUGUAUGUGGUCGCCAUUGUGGGCAAUGCCCUGAUUCUGUUUAUUAUCAAGGAGGAGCAGAGCUUGCACCAGCCUAUGUACUACUUCCUGUCCCUGCUGUCGGUGAAUGACCUAGGUGUGUCUUUCUCCACACUGCCCACGGUGUUGCCCACAUUUUGCUUCCACUUAAAACAAAUCAGCUUUAAUUCUUGCAUGGCUCAGAUGUUCUUUAUCCAUCUCUUCUCCUUCAUGGAGUCUGGGAUCCUGCUUGUCAUGAGCUUUGACCGCUAUGUGGCCAUCUGUAACCCACUGCGCUAUGCCACCGUUCUUACAGAUGCCCGCGUGCUACAGAUGGGCCUCGCUGUUUUUAUCCGCAGUUUCUGCAUGAUUUUCCCUCUGCCUUUCCUCCUGAAGAGGCUGCCCUUCUGCAAGGCCAAUGUGCUGGCCCACUCCUACUGCCUGCACCCAGACCUGAUCCGCCUGCCCUGUGGUGACAUCACCAUUAAUAACAUCUUUGGUCUUUUCAUCGUGAUCUCUACUUUCGGUCUAGAUUCUGCACUCAUUCUCCUUUCUUAUAUGUUCAUCCUUCAUUCUGUCCUUGCCAUCGCUUCCCGGGAGGAGAGGUUAAAGGCACUCAACACAUGUGUGUCACACCUGUGUGCUGUGCUCAUUUUCUAUGUCCCCAUGGUGGGUGUGUCCAUGGCGGCUCGCUAUGGGAGGCACGCCCCACAAUAUGUGCACACGCUCCUGUCCCUUAUUUAUCUGUUUGUCCCUCCCAUGCUCAACCCUGUCAUUUAUUCCAUCAAGACCAAAGAGAUUCGUCGAAGGCUGUGUAAAAUACUGCUGGGGAAAACGUUUUGA